AUGAGCUCGCCGCUCGCUCUCCUCCUGCUGCUCCUGAUGGGCGCCGCCGCCGACCCGCUGCGCGAGGCGAUCAUGGGCCAGACCGAGGCUCAGCUCGAGGGCAUCGCACACCGGGUCGGCAUUGAUCACGGUGUGAUGCAGGGCGAGGGCCGGCUCGAGGCGCUGAGGAAGGCGGUCUUCGAGUUUGCACAGAGCGAGAAGCCGGCCGGCGUCGAGCGGUUCGCCUGGGACGGCACGCCUCUCGAGGCCGAUGCUCCGGCUGCCAAGGCCAAGGCGGCGCCUGCCACGGCGGCGCCCGCCAAGGCGAGCAGCGAGGCGCAGCGGCGGCUGCGCCUCAAGACGAGCGGGCAGCUUCGCGCGAUGCUCGACGAGUUCUCGGUGGCCUACCCGGCCGGCGCGAGCAAGGAGGCCCUGCUGAGCCUCGCUGAGGAGGCGGGCCUGCUGGAAAGGUGGGAGGCGCUGCACCCGCCGCAGAAGAAGGCGCCGUCCUCGUCGGGCGGGAUGGCGGACAUGCUCUUCGCGUCCCUCGACCGCGACUCGGACGGCUCGCUCUCUCGGGAGGAGAUGGCGGGCCUCAUUGAGAAGACCAACGCGGCAGCCAAGGCGCAGGGCGAGGCCGUGCCGGCGGACUUCUUCGCCUCCAUCGACGCGGACGGCAUAGCCGCCAUAGCCUGCGACGGCCGAGUCGACCGGGGCGAGGCGAGCGGCUAUUUUGAGCGGAUGAUGGCGGGCGGCGGCGGCGCGGCGGGAGGCGGCGGCGCGGCGAGCAGAAGCACCGGCGGCGGCGGAGGCGGCGGCGGCGGCGCGAUGGAGCCGAGUGCAAUCAUGCGCUCGCUCGACAAGGAUGGCGACGGCAGGCUGUCGCGCGAGGAGAUGGCCUCGUUGAUCCAAGAGGCCAACGCGGCGAACAAGGCGGCGGGGGCGGGCGGCGACGACGACUUUUUCGCCACGAUGGACGCGGACCGCUCUGGCUUUGUCGAGGCGGCCGAGGCGACGCGCUUCUUCGAGGAGCUGCAGCGGCUGGCGGCGAGUCCGCCCGGCGCCGGGGGAGGCAAGGCGGACAAGAAGGAGCUGUGA